AGUGAGUCACGCGAACACCCAGUUAUUAUAUAAGACCGGCUUAUUCGCCUGCUCGGAAGCCAUGGUCUUCCUCUUGAGUCUUGACUGUAGUUCGGCCGUUGAUCGUUUCGUUUCCACAGCUUCUAGGCUUGCCUUGAUUCCACUUGUGCCCGCUUUCACUUUUUGUUAGUGUACCUGAUCUAUCUGACCUACCAGAUAUCCAUCUUACAUUAGCCCUUGCCUUGCAUCUUGGCUGGGACGGUGUCCCUCAGCCCAGCCCCGCCACUCCACUAUACUGCGUAUCGAACCUUCCGCAUUCUUACAUAUUACUUACCGCCGCCCUGUGGGGGCGCAUGACGCUGAUCAGAACCCCAUAUCCCGGCUCCUCAGCUCAACAACUCACUCGUUAUACCUACCUUCCAUUUGUUGAAGGCACACACCAGUUGGCUUAUAUCUAGGUUUCCUUGGAAAUUUUGAGUAGGCAGACAUUCGGGCUCUACCUUCUACCCUUUGAAGAAUAAAUUUGCAAAGCACCAAACAUGACCUCUGGCGACAGCACAUCAUUGCCUGGCACUACCGCCAACGGCACAGCAAAUGGUACCAAUGGAACCAACGGGACAAAUAGGCCCAACGGUACCAACGGUACCAAUGGCACCAAUGGCACCAACGGCGUGAAGAAGACCAAAAUCUGCGUCUACUGUGGUUCAUCCCCCGGGUUUCACCCAGCACACAUGGAGGCUGCCCGUGAGCUUGCCCGGGCCAUGGCCAGGAACAACAUUGGUUUAGUGUAUGGUGGUGGUACGAUUGGUCUCAUGGGAGAAGUGGCCAAAACUUUGGUGUCUCUUUCGGGCCCGGAAGCCGUACAUGGCAUCAUUCCCGAAGCGUUGAUCAAGCACGAGCGGGACCCGACAUAUACGUCCACCUGGGGGUCAGAUGAGGGAGGGCUCGCGAUACCCGAAGAGAAGACGUACGGCAUGACCACAGUCGUCAAGGACAUGCACACGCGGAAGCAAAUGAUGGCCCAAGAGGUUAUUGCCGGCGGACCCGGAAGCGGUUUCAUCGCCCUACCCGGCGGCUACGGCACCAUGGAGGAGCUGCUCGAGACUUGCACCUGGAACCAGCUUGGGAUCCACGACAAGGGCGUCUGCGUCCUCAACGUCAACGGCUUCUACGAUGGUCUCAUCCAGUGGAUCGCCAAGAGCCAGGAGGAGGGUUUCAUCCGCAAGGGCCAGACCGAGAUCCUCGUGUCUGCUGACAACGCUGACGAUGCCAUCAAGGCUUUGAGGGAUUACAGGGUCUCGGAGAGCGUCCUGAAGCUCAGCUGGGGCAACCAAUGAACCGGCGGCGUGCACGUCCGCCCUGCUGUCGAGGUUUACCACUAGGCGAGACGCACAUAUUGGUGCUGGUACCCGCCCGCUCUCAUACAUGGCCUAGCGACCAGUUGGCCAUGCGUUAUGGGCUGGUGAACGAGUGGUGACGUAUUCUCGCCUGAAGUAGUGACCAAUUGUUCCACACCCCCAAUGGGUUGGUUCUCGGGAGUCCCACUAUAUCGCAUCCUGGAGGUGUCACAAGACUUGGGGGAAUCGGAAGCAAUAUGGAGUAUAUACCCGUUCCAAAUCACACACAAUGGCACUUGGUCAUGAAAAAGGUGUGCAUGCACGAAUGUAGUAUAGAAAAAAGCAUUGGGCAGCGCGUCUCGGCAUGGAAGCAAUAACAACUGAGUGUUUUCAUCUUUUAUCAUUUGGUGCUUCAUUUCCCUUCCUUUGUCUAAAGAUCUCAUGAUUUGUAGUUGUACACUGGUAAAUUUUGGCCCCGCCUGACGGGGUCAGUGUCAGGGAGAG